CUUAAUAACGUUACAGUCUGGGCGCAAAGAGCGGUGUGGAUUUAUGUUCAAAGGGCUGCUUUACUGAUCUGUUGUCGGUUUUCUGCUUUUAAGCUAGACCGUACGUGUUUCCACCGAACAUGUGAAAACCAUACAAUAAAUUAAAUAAAACACAUGAACAGGUUGUGUAGAGUCAUCACACGGACCGUCUAAGUGUAAGGAGCCCAUGAAGGAGAGACGCUGCACAGGAAUGAGGCCGGGCCGAGAACCCCGGCGUUAUUCAUCUUGAUUGUUGUUUAGAGACGGUACAGCAGCAUGGCCCUGCAGGCUUCUGCCUUUCCUAAUGGCUUUGCUGCAGGCAUCCAUGCUGUGGGAUGGGCGUUUAUCGUGCCAUGUUUCUGGUUUCUUGAUCGCCUCAUUGCUGUGUGCAAGUCCACCACUCUGGAGCAAACUGAGCGACUGGAGCAAGAAUGCUAUCUCCACCCCCUUGAGGUUUUUUUUGGCUCCAUUACCUUCUUCAUUCUUUUUCUUGCUACAGCCCCCUUGGCUUUUCUCGGCUUUCUGCUUUGGGCACCUCUGCAGGCCUGCCGCAGGCCAUUUAGCUACCACAGAGAGAUGCCAUCCUCACCAGAUAAGGUGACAAACAAGGGCUUUGAGCUUACAGGAAAAGCAUCAUUUGUCUUUGCUUCAGCCAACCUGUGUCUGCUGCCUGACAGCCUCGCUCGCUUCAACAACUUAGGCCACACUCAACGCAGGGCAACUGCUAUUGGCCAGCACAUUGUGCAGGGCGUAUCUCGACCCAAUAUUCGCAUCUUAGUUGACUCCCCCAGCAGCUGUGGUACUCUCAGCCCAUCCAGCAGCAUUCUCCCCGCAGUGAGCUCACCUACAUAUGGGGCUACAGAUAGAGAAGGACAAUCCUCUGUAAGUCACUGUUACGACUCAGCUGAAAUGCAUGAUCCAAAUUCAAAUUCUGAUAUGGUUUAUGUACGCUGUGAUGAUCCAGAAGAGCCUUUGAAUGAGACCUCCUCUCCCCUCCUCAACUCCAACCGUAACUCUAACCAGCAGGGCCGAUCGAGUCACCGGAAUGCUUCCAGAGCUUUGAGCUCUCAGGGCUGCCACCAGCAGGAUGAUGUUCCCUGGGAGAUAUCUUCACUGUUUCCAGCCAAUGUUGACAUACUGUGCCUAGAAGAGGUGUUUGAUAAGAGGGCUGCACAGAAGCUCACCAAUGCAUUAAAGCCUGUAUUUGGACAUAUACUGUAUGACAUUGGUGUGUACGCCUGCCAGCCACCGUGCAGAUGUUCUUCUUUUAAGUUCUUCAACAGUGGUCUGUUCCUCGCCAGCCGAUUCCCUGUGCUCGAGGCCCAAUACCACUGCUUUCCCAACAGCCGGGGGGAAGAUGCACUAGCUGCCAAGGGGCUGCUUUCUGUUAAGGUGCUUAUUGGGCAGAGCCAGAAGCAGAAGAAAGUGGUUGGCUAUUUUAACUGCACACACCUUCAUGCGCCAGCGGGUGAAGGGGAAAUUCGCUGUAUCCAGUUAGACAUGGUAAUGAAGUGGAUUGGUGAGUUUCAAGCUGCCAACAAACAGCCUGAUGAAGAUGUUGUUUUUGAUGUGCUCUGCGGGGAUUUCAACUUUGACAACUGCUCACCUGAUGAUACCCUGGAACAGAAUCACUCUCUGUUUGAGGAAUACAGAGACCCUUGCAGGGCAGGACCUGGAAAGGAGAAACCCUGGGUCAUCGGCACUCUGCUGGAGCAGCCCACAUUGUAUGAAGACGACAUAAAUACCUCAGAAAAUCUCCAGAGAACUUUGGAAAACGAGGAUCUGAGAAAGAAGUACAUCGCCCCUCCUGUUCCUUCGGGGGGCUCUCCGUUGGUUUACCCUGAAACUGACCAGCCGUGGAUUGGACGCCGGAUCGACUACAUCCUGAAUCGUGAAAGCUCCAUUUCAAAGCAUUGCCAAACAGAAAUCGAAGAGGUGACCUUUAUAACUCAGCUGGCUGGGCUUACGGACCAUAUUCCUGUGGGACUGAAACUGAAUGUAGUUAUGGACUCAGAAUCUGCUGAUGAAUGAGGACUCAUUCAAACAACAGUACACAAUGUGCACUGCUUUACUCUGUACAGGUACAACAGUGUUUUGAUUAUAUGCUUGAAUUUGUAAUAUCAGUGACUGUUCUGACCAAUAAGAUUAUACCUCAGGUAAAAUUUAUACAGAUUUAUAGUAUUAAGGUUUUAUAAUCUAUACAAUUUAAUAUAUUUGGGGUUGUUCAGAAUAGAGGUGUUGAUUUUAUACAACAGGAGGAUUCUCCCAGCACUUUUUCCUACCAAAAUAA